CCCCAGAGGGACCCCCCUUCUCGAAAAGCUAGGCGCGAACGGUGCACCCCGCUGGGCAUGGGGCAACCUUGGCACCGGCGGAGAGAGCCUUGUGUCGGGUAACGGGGGUUGGGGAGCAGCGACCUGCUCCUCUCUUCCCCGCCGAAGCGAAGAGGGUCUGUCUGAGGCACAGGCUCCACCCUAUCCAAAAGGGGUCUCGAAACUGAGGCGGCAGAAGGGUUGCGUGUUCCUCCCAGGCCACCUCAGCAUGUUACUGACCGGGUCAUAGGCCAAAGCUGCACUUCUCUGCAGCUCGGGGAGGAAUUUUUUUUUUCCUUCCUCGGUUUCCUCUGCCCAAGUAACUGCAGCUGCAGCAUCUACCGACUCGGUUAAAAAUGACUGUCAAAGCAACAAGAAUGUCAUGCCUUGCUCCCAAUGUUUAUACUAAAGUGCCUGAUGGAGGAUGGGGCUGGAUUGUGGCUUUUGCUUUCUUCUUUGUGGAAGCCCUGACAUACGGCAUCAUCAAGUCUUUUGGAGUCUUCUUUAUAGACCUAAUGGAAUGUUUUGAUGAAAGCAACAGCAGGAUAUCGUGGAUUAUCUCAAUAUGCGUUUUUGUACUAACAUUUACAGCUCCUCUUUCUACAGUACUGACAAAUCGUUUUGGUCAUCGCCUGGUGGUGGUGAUUGGAGGUUUACUGAUCAGUACUGGGAUGGUCACAGGCUCCUUUGCACGCACAGUUGUUGAAAUGUACAUCUCCAUUGGCAUAGUCUCAGGCUUAGGAUACUGCCUUGCUUUUCUGCCUACAGUCACCAUUCUGUCACAGUACUUUGACAAGAAGCGUUCACUAGUCACAGCGGUAGCUUCCACAGGAGAAUGCUUUGCGGUCUUCUCUUUUGCACCAGCUAUCACUGCUUUGAAGGAGCACAUUGGCUGGAGGCACAGCCUCCUGUUGGUUGGCCUAAUGCAGCUUGGAAUUGCGGCCUGUGGAUUCUUGCUGCGGCCCAUCAUAAUCAAAGCGCAGGAAGAAGCGAGUGUGUUGGCAGCCGAAGAGCACGGACAGACCAAAUACAUGCUUGAAAAUGAACAGACACGCACCUCCAUAGAUUCCAUUGACUCAGGUGUAGAAGUAACUACCUCACCUCGCAACACGCCUAGAGAUGCCAAAUCGGAACUGAAGAGCGAGGGGCCACCAAAGGAAAUCACAGAGGUGCUCAUAGAAGCUAGUAGCAUCCCUGCCAAGGAACCAAAACCUCAACUCCUAGACUUCUCUGUGAUGAAAGACCAUGGCUUUAUUUGCUACGCACUUUUUGGUUUAUUUGCUACUCUGGGAUUCUUUGCUCCUUCCCUAUACAUCAUUCCACUUAGCAGGAGCCUUGGAAUAGACAAGGACCACUCCGCAUACAUACUCUCAGCGAUGGCAAUCGCCGAGGUCUUUGGCAGAAUCAGCGCCGGCUGGGUCCUCAACAAAAAGCCUAUCCGAAAAAUUUACAUUGAACUCAUCUGUGUCGUUCUGCUGGAUAUCGCCCUCUUUGCCUUCCCUUUUGCGUACAAUUUUUGGGGACUAAUGAUAUGUAGCAUUUACUUCGGGUUCAUGCUUGGGACAGUGGCAGGUACACACAUCCCUAUGUUGGCUGAAGAUGACGUCGCCGGCAUAGAGAAGAUGUCCUCCGCUGCGGGAGUUUACGUAUUUAUUCAAAGUUUAUCAGGGUUGGCUGGACCACCUCUUGCAGGUAUGUUAGUGGAUACCACAAAGAACUAUAGCUCUGCAUUUUAUUCCUGUGCUGCUGGGAUGCUGCUGGCUGCCGUCUUCCUUUCUUUGGUGAGGCCUUGCAGGAAGGUACGUCAAAGGAAGAAGGACUCAGUAGAAGAGAACGUGUCAAGGCCUUUGCAGGAAGUACCUGAAGACUUUAUAGAGCCUGAUCUUGGAAAAAACGAGGAUUCUUCAAGAAGCAGUGAUAGCGUGGCCUGAGUAUUUUUUUUACACACAUACAGAGAGUUUAGAUUGGGGGGCGCAAAGCCAUAGCUGUGAACUUUUCCCUUUUCUUGCGAGGAAUCCUAUUUGAAAUAAGGGAAUUUCCCUUUAAAAAAGGGGAAAGGUUGACAGCUAAGCACGUCAGCCCUGAUCCACACCUUCUCAAAUCUACACUUUAAAGGGAAUGCAAAAUCAUAAAUGUGAACAGAUGCUAUCAACCCUUUCAGAAAGAUUUAUUGUUAGAUAGGGUUUUUUUUUGUAUAAACACCUCAAAUUCUGAUGCCCCCUCCCCCAUUGACCUCCAUUAAGCGCACUCCUAUCUAGCAUGAAGUUGUGGUUCAAGUUAUCAUAUUCCCGAUUCCAAAAUCACGGGGAAGAAACCAACUAUUGCAUUAGACAAAGAGCAAAGAUGUGUCUUGUAACAAAACCAAGUUAUUUUGAACUUUUUAGUUGUUUUAAAAUCAGGUUAAAGAGUAGAUACUAAUUUCAGAGAAUGGGGGGGGGGUAAAGGGGGGUUGAGCUAAAUGAUAUAUCGAAGAGAAUUAACGGUUUUGUUUUUAAAACUUGUUUGAACUUCAUAUAGGUUGGGAAGUUGGAGGUUACUGUUCUAUUUUUACGGCCAGUUAUUGUGGAUAUUUCAUGGGACCAUUAUCUUUCCAGAUUUAACACUUCCUACAGUCCAACCCUAUCUUAUGUUUAUUCAGAACUUUUCAGUGCUUUCAACAGGGCAUU